AUGGCGAGUGAAAAAAUAUUUCGCGCGUUUUUUAUUUUCUGUUUAUUUUCGUUGACAAAAGGAAAUAUAGUGGUGGACGAAGAAUGUUUGAAUUAUACAGUGUAUCCAGUGCAAUAUGAACUAAAUAUUUACCCUUAUAUUUAUCCCCACCGUGCUUAUUACGAUUGUGAAUUAACAAUUACUAUAAUAGCGAAUGCGCCUAAUGUGAACGUCAUUGAGUUAGACGCGAAGGAUUUAGAAUUUGAAAGUGGUUCGAUAAAGGUUUAUGAUGGGCCACGGGACAUAAUAAAUGUUGCCAGGCCUUUCGAAUACAAUUAUUUAACGAGUAAACUACAUAUUUAUUUGAAUGAACCGUUGAAAGUGUAUCAAGUGAAUGACAGACAUUUUUAUUUUAUUAAAAUUUCGUUUAGAAAACAAGUGAAUAAAGACAGUACGGGUGUGUUUUUGGCGAAAUAUUAUGAUGAACGGAGUGAACAAGAUAAAUACUUAUUCACAACGAGAUUGUCUCCGAACAAAGCGAAGUACUUCUUCCCAUGUUUCGAGAACCCUCGAUUCGAAGCAGUGUACAAGUUCAAGGUGUACAUCGUGAAACAACUUCCAGAGCUGCAAUAUACCAACACAAGUCUUGUUAUAGCUGAAGAACAGAGAAGAGACGGGAUAAAAGGCGACUAUAUAGUUGUGGAUUACAUCCCAUCACCUCAAGUUGGUCUUCAUCAAGUCGGGUUCCACUACUCUCAGUUUGCGAGUAGCCGUGUACAAGCUCGAGUAGUAAACGAUACACUAAUCAUAUGGGCACCUAAAGAUGAAUUACGGGACUACCAAUUUAUUCACAACUAUGGCAUAACGAUAAUUAAUCUUAUACAUGAAUACUCGAAGGAGAAUCGUCCUUUGGUACAAGGACCGAUUAAUUUGAUAGCCGUGCCAGCUGACAUCAAUGGAUAUGAAAUUGGAAGUUGGAAUCUUCUAACAAAUGGAGAACAUCGACUUGCAAAAAUAGACCAGUUCACUAGUAUAAAGCAGAUUGAGUAUAUGACCUUCGAACUGGCACAGCAGCUGUGCAGGAUAUGGCUGGGUAACCCUGGAGAAGUGGAGAGGACUAGGUGGAAAGAAGAAUGGUUCAAAGAAGGAAUGGCUACAUACUUGGCUUACUACUUCUUGACUCAAUACAACCAUGGUAUCAUGACACAAGAAAGACGUCGUCUAGCUGCUUACGGUCUUCAAAUGAAACAUAAAGCUAUGGCAGUGGACUGGCACCGAAGCACUCCAGCAUUAGAUACCUUCAACACUUCAUUAGCAAUUGAGAUACCACCAAGGUAUAAGGAACUGGUGACUAUGAAGACUGGUGCCAUACUGUGGAUGCUAGAAAACUGGGUGGAGUCUGACAAAUUCCAUUAUGCUUUGGUGAAUUAUAUCAAAUCCAGGAGAGGUAAAUACAUAUCCCUCCAAGAUUUCACCACGACAUUAGACCACGAUACAAUCGAGUGCCUCCACCAGUUCUUCAACGGUUCCACUGCGUCCCGUAUUCUGGGUUCAUGGUUCAGACGGAGAGGGUACCCAGUGAUCAACGUUCAAGUGUUGAGAGAUCGCUCGCCUAAUGCUGUUCAACUGAAGCAGAGACAGUUCAGCUUCAACCGUGAAAACCGUGAAGUCACAGACUUCUUGAUCCCCAUAUCUUAUGUCGUUGAAAACAACCAGAACUGCUACAACUGUUACCGUCCCAGGUUCACCAUCGGUGCCCAGACUUACACCUUCGGAGAGGUAUUGAACGAUGGAUGGAUUAUACUUAACAGACAGGGAUCCGGAUACUACAGAGUCAACUACGAUCCAUUUACUUGGAGACUGAUUGCCAAAACUUUGAAGGAGAACAUGAUGUCCAUAGAUGAACUGAAUAGAGCUCAAAUUGUAAACGACGUGUUUGCUCUGUAUGUAGCCGGUGAUUUAGAUAUUGAUCUGGCCAUGGAAAUUCUGGAGUAUCUGGACAAGGAACGUAGCCCUGUAGUAUGGGAAUCAGUGUUAUCUGGGUACGAUAUGCUAAUGAUUGAGGGAGCUGCUUGUAAUAUGACCAGACAUCUGUACUGGGAAUGGGAGAGUUUCAUGGUGAAGAAAAUAACUCCAAUCUACACGCAGCUAGUAAAGAGCAAGGACAAUCAGUAUUUGAUGAGGCUGUUCAGAAGUUCGGUGGUGGAACUGGCUUGUUCACUAAAUUAUGAACCUUGUCACUAUCACGUUAAGGACCUGUAUAUCGAAGACACAAGACAUAAGCACAACCUUUUCCCUGACUGUCGGAUGUCAUAUUUCUUCAAAGUGGCCAACGACACAUCUAUGAAAACUUUCUUACGUAAACUGAACCAGAUUGAGUUGGAUGACAAGAACACCGCUGAUAAGAAAGUACGCGAGAGAAAUAGAUUUUUCGCUAAAUCUCCAAUUGGAGAGCCGAGACCAAUGCCCAUAGCAAUGUCUACUACUACAGAAAAGGCAAUAGAAACUGUUACUGAGAAGCUACAAACGGGCGGAGGAUCAUCGUCUGUAAAAUACUCUUUGUUUAUUAUUUUUAUAGCAAUUUUCAUUAAUAUAUUUGCACGGUAA